UCUUCUCAUCUGGCUUCCUCUCAUCGCAGUACGAUCACGGUUUUUUUUCUCUUUACUUCUCCUUUUACACAAAUAGCCUGACCAUCUGUAUAACCAGUCCUGUGGAGGCCAGCUGAAAGAUAAUAACCAAACAUUGCCUGACGGACUGAGGCAAGGUGCCUGUGAAAGGGCAAGGAUAUUACAGCAUGGGCAUGAGUAGCUUGAAAUUGCUGAAGUAUGUCCUAUUUUUCUUCAACUUGCUCUUUUGGCUCUGUGGAUGUUGCAUUUUGGGCUUUGGGAUCUACUUCCUGGUCCACAACGACUUUGGAGUUCUCUUCCAUAAACUACCCUUCCUUACAUUGGGGAAUAUUCUUGUCAUCGUGGGUUCCAUUAUCAUGGUGGUUGCUUUUCUGGGCUGCAUGGGCUCUAUCAAGGAGAAUAAGUGUCUGCUUAUGUCGUUUUUUGUCCUGCUGCUGAUUAUUCUCCUUGCUGAAGUGACAUUGGCUAUACUGCUUUUUGUGCAUGAACAGAAGCUGAAUAGCUAUGUGGCUGAAGGCCUGACUGAGAGCAUCCACCGUUACUACUUAGAUAACAGCACAAAGGCGGCAUGGGACUCCAUCCAGUCAUUUCUGCAUUGUUGUGGUGUAAAUCAAACAAGUGACUGGUCUGGGCACCCACCAGCAUCUUGCCCUUCAGAACAAGGAGUCAAGGGUUGCUAUAUGAAAACACAAGAGUGGUUUCAUUCCAAUUUCCUGUAUAUUGGAAUCAUUAUCAUCUGUAUAUGUAUGAUCCAGGUGCUGGGGAUGUCCUUUGCAUUGACCCUAAACUGCCAGAUUGAUAAAACCAGCCAAGCCAUAGGGCUGUGAACUGUAAUUUCUUUGUAUUGGAGAGCCUUGUUUCUUCUCUGGAAAUCUAUAACUACUCAUGGAAUAUAGCAUGAAGCCGUAAAUGAUUACCUGCUGGACUGACAUCUUUUCCCUCCUCUUAUCUCUUCUUUAUUUGGGUCCCUGUUUUAUACAAAUAGAGAAGAGGGUGUUAGCCAAGCAUUUCCUUUCUCAGAUAGCAAGACCUUCAUUUACCUGGUGAUGGCAGAAGCCUUGUCCCUCAAAGUGGUGAAACAUACCUGAAUUAUUUUUAGGUACACAGGAGUCAAAAACCUGUGGGACUAAUGGCUCAAAUUCAAGGGGUGGCUUUAAGGAUGUAAAUGUUUGCAUCUUCCUGUUGUUAAAUCAGUCUCCAGCCUCUAACUAAUGCUCUACCAAGUAACUCAAAAGAAUCAUUGAAUGUGGUUCUGGAGCCAGGCUCCCUGGGUCAUAGUCACAAUUCCCUUCUUUGAUCAGGGGCUUUGGUUACAAGAAAUACAGAAUACUCUUUCUUCAUGGAGCAACGUUUUAUUUCAAAGUGCUUUAUUGAUUUAUAUUGUCUUUCCAAAAAGACUAUCCAGUGAUUUAAAUCUUGACUUCAAGAUAAAAUCAAUCUCUUAAUGUCUGAAUCAUACAACCAUUAAACAACUCAACAGCACUAGUUAUCUUUGGUGGUGAGGCUGAUAGUCACAUUCAGAAGGGUUCUGGUGUUAUUUCUCUAUCAUAUAAAGAUUUGGUAAUGUAUUAUUUUAACUCUUCAAGAAAUAAAAUGGCUUAUGAUGUCAA